AUGCCACGGCGUUGUUGUGUUCCCAAUUGUAAGGGAAAUUAUGAUAGUACGUUAAAAGAUAGUAAUUAUAUAUCUAUAUUUUCCUUCCCCAAAGAUGAGGAAUUGCGGCAAAAAUAGAUGGCGGCUAUUCCUUGUAAAAAUUGGACACCAACAAAAUAUUCUGCCGUUUGCAGUCUGCAUUUUGCAGAAAGUGCUAUUCAAAGGUUCCAAGGUAUUCUAUCACCCAAUGGUGUACUGGAAAAUGUUUUGUUGAGGUGUCCAAGACUUAUAGCGAAUGCAGUACCAUCCAUUUUCCCCAAUUUCCCUUCUUAUUUUGUAAAACAUGUGCUACCACCAAGAAAAGAUCUUGUAGACCGAGAUCAAGAAAUCAUUGAAAGGAAUGAAAAUUUAGUCCAAGAAUUUACAAAUUCAUAUUUAAUUAGUAAUUUCUCGGAUUUAAUAAAUAAUCAUGAAGAAAAGCUUGUAUUUUCAGACUGUUGGACUACUAAAAUAACAAAUUCAAAAAUUUAUUUUUGUAUGCUCGUAUGUAAUGAUAAUUCUGACUUUUUGAUUCUAAAUACACAAAUUGUGAUUAGGGAACACAUGAAAUUACAAAUUUUUCAAGAAAACAAUGAAGUUUCAUUCAAUGAUUUAAAGUGGGUACUGCCUAUUGAUAAGAAAUUAUCUAGGUGGUCUCAGCUUCAAAAUUUAUUAAGUAGAUAUAAAGUAUUACAGAGUCCACAUUCUACCACUGAUAUAUGUCUUAUUGAAAAACAUUUUGAGAAAUCUCUAGAAGAACUUAAUAAGGCAUAUAUUAUUGCAGAAUCAAUUGAAUGUGCUUAUACCAAAAAUCUUGAAGUAGUAAGAGAUCAAAUAAGACAAAUAAAAAAUAAAAAAAAAAGAUAUAGCUCUUGCACCAUUAUUAUGGCUUUUUCGUUAUAUUGCCAAUCGUCAGCUGCAUACAAUUGCUUGUCCAAUUGUGUUGUAGAUGAUUCCAUUAAAAUUUACAUAUCUGGUUAUGGGUCCCAUUCUGUUGCUAAAAAAUUAAAUUGCAAUAUAUGUUGA